AUGUUCGGGAGCCUGUUGAAGCCUCGGAUUCAUAUUGCCAGUCCAAGUUAUGUUUUGAGGCGGUUCACGCACGAGUACGCGCCCAGAUUCAAAGACGUUGGCAAAAGACAAAAGGGACGUGUUCCAGUACGUGUAGGAGGUUCCACGAAGGGUUCAACGCUACAAUUUGGUCGAUUUGGUCUCAGACUCAAAUCGGAAGGUGUGAGAUUGACGGCGCAGCAGCUAAAGGAAGCCGAUAAUGCGAUUAUGAGAUACGUUAGACCAUUGACAAACGGUCAGCUGUGGAAAAGACUUUGUACCAAUAUUGCCGUUUGUAUCAAGGGUAACGAAACCCGUAUGGGUAAGGGUAAAGGUGGAUUCGACCACUGGAUGGUCCGUGUACCCACAGGCAAGAUCAUUUUCGAAAUGGACGGCGAUGACUUGCACGAAAAAGUAGCUCGUGAGGCCUUCAGAAAAGCUGGAACCAAACUGCCGGGCGUUUUUGAGUUUGUUUCCAAAGAUUCGCUGGUUAGAGUGGGUUUGAAAAGCUUCAAGAAUUUGAAAGACGACCCCGUUGUCAACUAUAUGGAGAAGCUGCGUAAGAACCCUACAAAAGCGUUCUUGAACGAGCAGAGAUCUAAAUUGCCCCAAUACCGUAUGUUUAAAGGACGCUAA